AUGCCGGUGGAAGCAGCAGCUGUUACAGAGCUGUUAGGGCCGGGGCCGGGACGCGGGGCUCCGCGCGCUCGGCGGAGCGGCCCGGGUUGGGGGGGGGGGGUGGGCGGCGGGGGCCAGGCCACGCGUGGCGCCCGAGCCUGGCGGGCGGCGCCACUGGAAGUGACGCGGCGAGGGCGGGGCUCCGGCCCGGGAGCAGCAGCCGCCGCCACCGCCGCCGCAGUCGCCGCCGCCGCCGCAGUCGCAGCCGCAGCUGGCGCAGCCGCCACCGCAGCAGCAGCCACAGCAGCAGCCGCCGCCGCCGCAGCAGCAGGCGCGGCCACCGCAGGAGCAGCCGCAGCAGCCACCACCGCUGACGCCGCCCCGCCGCCACCUCGGCCCGGAAGCGAUGUAGCCGCGCCAGGCCCGAGCCCCGCGGGCCGCCGCUGCUCUGCCCUUCAACCACAUGAAGCAGCUCACCAAGCCGACCGUGGGCAGGGGCUGACUGCUGCGAGGCUUGGUAUUCUGCCCAAAGAUGUCCCUGAACAUCCACAGCUGGGCUUCUGUCAGCUCCGGAAACAACAAGGACAGGCCAGGGCGAAGGUGCUUCGGCAUUUAGAGCUGGAGCCUCUCGGCGCGUGAACACAGCCUGUUUGAGGCACCCCGUUUGAAGCCCUACUGCAUCCAUGAUGGCCGAGUCCUACCUUAAUUGGCAACCAUCUGCCUCCUACAGCAGUUCACAGGGAGCUCAUGCCAGCAUUUAGGCAGCUUCCUAUUUUGCAGAUGAUUUGUGAUUCAUAAUGAACAAAAGAUUGCUCUUCAGAUGACCUGUCAGGGUAAGCCUGAUUCGGGGAUGGGAUCCAUAGGAACCCGUCCUCCGUGUUCUGAGGGGUAGUAGAGAUCGGAGGGGCCACGGUAGUGCAGGGGUGGUACAGCUCAGGCUUGCUGCUAGCUUAUAUAAUGCCUUUGAGUGGAUUUGCAAGAUGUGCCCCCUCUGGGUAGACACAACCCCAUGGCCACACAGCUUGGCAAUGGGAGGGCUCCUUCUUGGAGGAAAAUGUGUCUCUUUCCCCUGGCACAUUCAGCCCUGAACCAGGGAAUGUGCUUUGGUAAGGAAAGCGUAGACUGUAUU